CUCAGAGGGUAGGUCUGCCUGCUGACCACUAGGCGAGGGAUCCCUAGGCUGCUGGCUCUAGAGAGGUCCCAGUCAGUAGCCAGACAUGAGCUGUGAGGGUCAAACUGACAGACUGCACUAAACACAGCUACCCAUUGGAUCAUCCACUGUCCUGAGUCCCAGGCAACAGAAGACAGGUGGCUCUACCCUUGGCCAAGGGUAGGUGUGGCACUGGUGUCGGCUGCUGCUGAGCCCUCAUUGGCCUCCACGCACCCAGACUCAACAGAAGGAGCAGCUGCCACCCGAGGGCCAUUCACCAGAAGGAUGGGGCUGCCUGAUGUCCAGCUCUGGCUGGUGCUGCUGUGGGCACUGGUGUGGGCAGAGGGGGAAGGGUCUGUGUGUCCCUCCUGCAGGGGCCCCACACUGGCACCCCAAGCAGAACGAGCUCUGGUCCUCGAGCUAGCCAAGCAGCAAAUCCUCCAGGGGCUACACUUGAGCAGUCGUCCCAGAAUAACUCAUCCUCCACCCCAGGCAGCGCUGACCAGAGCCCUCCGGAGACUACAGCGGGGAAGUGUGGGUCCAGCGCAUGGGGAGGAGGUCAUCAGCUUUGCUGCCAUCACAGACUCCUCCACCUCCACCUGCGGUUCCAUGCUCACCUUCCACCUGUCUACUCCUCGGUCCCACCACCUGUACCACGCUCGCCUCUGGGUGCACGCUCUCCCCACCCUUCCUGGCACUCUUUCCUUGAGGAUUUUCCGACGGGGCCCUAGGCGGAGACGCCAAGGGUCCCGCGUCCUCCUGGCUGAGCACCAAAUGACAACGCCAGGCUGGCACGCCCUGACUCUGCCCUCUAGUGGCUUGAGACGUGAGGAGUCUGGUGUCUUGAAACUCCAGCUGGACUGCAGAGCCCUGGAAGGCAAUGGAACGGCUGCCCUGCAACCUUGCCAGCUCCUGGACACAGCGGGAGAGCAGCGGCCCUUCCUAGAGCUGAAGACUCGGCCCAAAGAGCCUGGAGCAGGCCGGGCCAGGAGGAGGACCCCCACCUGUGAGCCUGAGACUCCCUUAUGUUGUAGGCGAGACCAUUAUGUAGACUUCCAGGAACUGGGAUGGCGGGACUGGAUCCUGCAGCCCGAAGGGUACCAGCUGAAUUACUGCAGUGGGCAGUGCCCCCCACACCUGGCUGGCAGCCCAGGCAUUGCUGCCUCCUUCCAUUCUGCUGUUCUCAGCCUCCUCAAGGCCAACAACCCUUGGCCCUUGGGUACUUCUUGCUGUGUCCCUACUGCCCGAAGGUCUCUCUCUCUCCUCUACCUUGACCGUGAUGGCAAUGUGGUGAAGACAGAUGUGCCAGAUAUGGUGGUAGAGGCCUGUGGCUGCAGCUAGCAAGAGGACUUAGGGGUCUGAUGUGAAGACAUCAAGCUAGGGGAUCCCAGGCAAAGGGCGUCUGUGGAUGGAGUCAUCAGAUUCCUGAUCCAUACCUUCACCCAAUGGGUCACCUGGCAAUAUGACUGGGUCGACCCCCCUGGGAUCCAAAGGGGCACUUUCUUGUCCAGACUCUGGCCCAUUCCAGGUUGGUUGAUGUAUGGGAAAAUGGAGAAAGUGUGUCCUCAUAAGGAGUCUACCCAGA